AUGUUCAGUAGCACAUCAUCUAGUCUUACCUCUAAAUCGGGUCCUCUUCCAGACUUAAGCGAUGACACUUAUAAGUGUGAUCAAGAGGACAGCGGCUUUUUUGAUUACAGUCAGCAAUACAGUCAAAAUAUCUAUGCUACUACGCUAGCUCCUCCUGCCCCUCCGCCUCCUCUUCCACCUCUCCCUUCUACUCAUCCAUCUAUAUCAGAGUACUUGUCAUCUACUUUUCUGCCCACUGAUACAUCCUCCUAUCUCCAAGUUCGAAGUGAUGAGCCAUUCUGUGAUAAGUAUCCCAACAACAAUAGUGACUUUCUCGGUGAUACUUCUUUGGAGGAGCAAAUCCUACCUUCCCUACCCGAACGAAGCUACGACUACAGCAUGCCGCCCACCUCGACAACCCACAGCCUCAAUUCUACUGCCUAUCCAAUGGAAGCAGUUGAAGAGGAGCACUUGGUAGAACCCAAUAAUCAAAUUUUCCGCCCCUUUGUGCAAGAUAGUCGUCCAGCUAUAUAUGCCUAUAGAUCUUUAGCUCAGUCAACACCCCAACAAAAUGAUGUCGGGCCCGGAGAAUGCUAUAAAGCUAACAGUCACAUCUACAUGCAACAGGAGUUUGCAGGCCUGGAUACCUCACACAAUGGAAUGCAAGGGCAAGAUGAACCGCAGACAUCAGGUGAUAUACAAAAGGGGAAAACUGCCCCAAACAGCCAGUUGAAUCCAAAUGCAGUGGCUAUAAUGGAUGAGUGGUACAGGGCGCAUCUAGACAGACCUUAUCCCAAUAAAGAGGAGAAACUGCGUAUGGCUAUCGCUGGGGAUAUUACAGAAACUCAGGUAGGUUCGUGGUUUGCCAACCGACGCAAUCGUAGUAAUAAUACGCGGCCGAAGCAAAAUAUGAAGCGGUUAAAGGCGGCCAUCUGGGCGCUGUGCUGUGAGUAUCAGAAGAUAUGCAAUGGGCUUGUUAAUGCCACGGAAAUGCAGGCAAGGAUAAUCAGUCUAAUCGAGCACCACACCAAAUUCUAA